AUGAAUGCAAGCGAAUCCGAAGCAGGCGACGAAUAUUAUGAUGAACUCGAGCCUGGUGGCAAGCGCUCGGAGAAAGAUGACGGCUACAUACUUAGGAACGUCCUCAAGCUUCCCCGUACCACAACCUACACGACACAGGCGCUCUACGAGCAGAUCAUUGGCAGCGACAUUAACCUGGAGCCCGAGUAUCAAAGAGAUGUUGUCUGGCCAGAGCCGAAGCAAGUGGGCCUUAUUGACUCUAUACUUCGCAACUUUUAUAUUCCACCUGUGAUCUUCGUUUCGCAUCAGCACUCAGAUGGCUCAGAAACCAAGACGUGUGUCGACGGGAAGCAACGGCUCACAUCAAUACAACGGUUUAUGGAUGGACUGGUUGGUCAUAUAUGUCUGUCAUGUGCGAUCCAGCUUACAGAAUUCUUUAGAUUUAUCGUUAGUGAUUCUUCUUUUGUUUUUACUUCUAAUCGCAAUAGACACUCGGUAGACAAAGACUCACAAACUGGUGACAAGUACUGGUACAAGUCGAAUGCUUCCAACCAGAGUGGACGGUCCGCGGGCUACAUUCUGCCUGAUAAAUAUCGACGGCUGUUUGCAAAUAAGCAGAUUGUAUGCAUAGAAUAUCAAGACCUUCCUGAUUUCGAAGAGCGCGAAAUCUUCCAGAGAGUACAACUUGGAAUGGCCCUCACCCCUGCGGAGAAAUUGCAGGUGAUUAACACCCCUAUGAGUAGCUUCGUGCGACAGUUAGAGGUAGAGUAUUUCGGACAAGACAAGCCUCUGGGUGGCGACGCCCUAGAUUGGGACCGUUCGCGCGGUGGAGAUUUCCGGUGUAUCGCUCAGGCGCUUUACUGCAUCUCGAAGUACCCUUCCCUCCAGUCCGUGGGUACCGUCCUGCAGAUAGAGAAAUGGUUGCACAACCCCGUCCGACGGACCAAAAGCAAAAAGAAAGAAAGUGACGACGAUGAAGACCUCACAAAGGAUGAAAUCUACCUUUCAUGCAUCCACGACACGUUCCGCGUUUUCUCGCAGCUAGUCAGCGACCCUGAACUCUGCUCUAUAUUCCUACAAUCUGGCUGGCGCAUCUCGCCCGUGGAGUUUAUCACCAUAUGUCUCUUAAUCUCCGUGGAGAAAGAUAAGCUGCAACUGCGUGCGCUCGCAGAUAAGCUCGCACGCAUGCGGGAGGUGGUGCGCGAAGAACACGUAGAUAUUCGAAUGAAUGCUCGUGUCGCCAAGACAUUGCUCGACUUUGUCAAAGGGAUUGGCCCUCAGGUGCAAAACACUUCUGGGACGAAGCGAAAGCUGGAGGAGGAAGAUGUGGCAGUGCCACCAAGCACACAGCGAAAACGAACUGAGACCCUGCCAGUACUGUCUCCCAUUGUAGGCUCCCACAAUCCAAUUCACUUUGUCAAUCCUUCUAUGCUUGGCGCUCCCACUUCUCUGCCGCCGCCGCCACGCCCAACAACCAUUCCUGACAGACUUGCAGCCCUCCACGAUGCUAAGAAGUCCAUCUCAAAUCCAACCCCUCCACGCAUCCCGCCGACUGCACCCGCUGCUCUCCGGAAUGCUGGGUCAAGUAGAUAG